UUUGUAUUCGUCUUUCCUUCCAUGAAAAAUGGCGAUGCCAUCUGGCUCCUUUGGUUUUUCUAGCAAUUCCCCAGUGCCGUUGUCUUCUUCCCCAUCAAAAGCCAUACUAACAGAAGCAUUUCAUUCCCCUAAAUUGUCCCGGAAAUUCUUGGAGCAAAUUUCACCCGUAGAAAAAAGUGGCCUGCCACUAAAUACACCAUGGACACUAUGGCUUGACAGAUAUGUACGUGGAGCAACUGCGGCAGAAUAUGCAGCGAAUUUGAGAAAAAUUUACACAGUUAACACAAUUCAGAGUUUCUGGAGUGUGUUUAACAACAUUCCAAGUGCUUCAAAACUUGGUUUUCGAACAAGCUAUCACAUGAUGCGUGGUGAGAGACGUCCAGUUUGGGAAGAUCCAGAGAACAUUGCUGGUGGUUAUUGGAAAAUAAGAUGUCCCAAAGACUACACUGACAAUGCUUGGAAAGAACUUUUAUUGGCUGUAAUUGGGGAACAAAGCCUAAUUGAUUCUCUGGCUGAAGGUGAUGAGAUAGUCGGAGUGAGCAUUAGUAUUCGAGACAGAGAUGACAUCUUACAAAUAUGGAAUGCGAGAGCUAACUUAGCCAAUGAGUCAAAGAUUUUAGAAAAGAUAUCCGAUAUUCUUCCACGUCUCAAGAAAGAGGAUGCCUUUUAUAAAUUUCAUCGUGAUCAUUUAGCGUUCGAAGGGCAACGUCUCGUUACCAGACCUCCAGGUUUUCCUACAAGUGGCCCUCCAAAGUUAGAAUGAAUGAAUCGUUUUCUCCCAAGAAGUAUGAUUGAAAAAAAACACAAUGAAUAAUCGUUGAAAUUUUUUGGAAGAUAUUCCAUUUAAAGUACGAACAAAGUUAUGUUGAGAAUGUUACAAACUGCAAAAAUCCAGUUGCUUUAAAAGAGCUCUGUACAUGUUACGAUAAAUCAUAUUAAAUGGUUUCAAAUAGUUCAAA